AUGUUUUCUUUAAAUUCACUAUUGUUGUUUUUUUUUUUAAUAAUUUGUGUAAAUUCACAACAACAGUUAAGCCAAAAAGAAUAUGAUUGUAUAAAAACUUUAUUAACCAAUUUGGGUACAAUUUCAAAACUCACACCAAAUGUCACAACAUCAAAAUAUGAUUUUUGUAAAGCUGAUUUUUUUUUUCAACCAAUGUUAUAUAUUGGUUGUGAUAAAAAUUACAUUUCCACUUUAAACCUUGGACAAUCAAAUAUGUCAUAUGUUUUGGGUGAUGAUUUUUUAUGUUAUGAAAACAUGACAUCUCUUUCACUAAGUACAGUUGUUUUAGAUAGUGAUAUUUUAUAUUCUUCACUUCCUCAAAAAACCACAAGAUUUGAUCUUAUUCAAGAGAAUAUACAGUUUUUACCACUUCCACCUACUGUUUUAUAUUUUUCAGUAACAAUGAAAACUCAAACCUUUCCUACUCAAAUUAAAUUUUCAAUAUUUUCUAAAGCAGAUCAAGUAUCAAUACAAACUUCAAGUAUUAUUGGAAUAGGAUCUCAUUUAAUUUAUUUUGAAAAUGAUCUAGAUGGAACCUUCAUAUGGAAUCCAUCUUAUAUUAAAGUUGUAUCCUUAAAUGUACCUUCAUUUAAAUAUAUAAAUGCAUAUUUCCAACUUGUUCUUCUUCCAGGUUUUGACCAAUCUUCAUGGAUUAAUAUUACUCAGUGUGAAAGUUUAAAUACUUUAUCAAUUCAGGUAUAUGAUGAGAUAAAUUUCCCAUCAAUUGAAUUUUCACAAAUUAGAGCUGAAAAUUUAACAAGAAUUGAAUUUGAAAGAACACUACUUUUAAGCCCACCAUCUUUAAUUGAUUUAUCAUUAGUUGGUAAAUCAAUGAAAGAAUUAAUUUUUAAAGAUACUGGUAGAGGUUUUACAUUUGGUGGUUCACUUCCUUUUAUUUUACCAACAAAUGAAAAAUUUGAAGAGUUCACCCUCAAAAAUGCAUAUAUUGAAACAUUUGAUUUUUCAUUAUUUACAAAUGUUAAAAAAUUAAAUUUAGUCGAUAAUGUAAUGUCAGGUUCUUUACCAAUUUUCAAUAGAACAAUUAAUAAUAAAUUAACAAGCAUCGAUAUUAGUUUUAAUCAAAUAACUGGAACAAUUGAUGAUUCAUAUUGUGAAUUAGAUUUAAUUGUAAGUAAUAACUCAAUGACUGGAUUAAUUCCAUCAUGUUUUACAUGUUUCUUUGGAUUAGUUAAUAUAGAUUUAGAAUCUAGAUUCAUUGGUAAUUCUUUUUCAAAUUUGAAUCAACCAUCUUCACCAAGUAUUAUUAUUCCAAAUCUUAGACUCGUAAAUAUAUAUAAUUAUUCAAUGUAUUAUGUCGAAUAUGAAUAUUAUAUUUUUGGUGAAAAUAUAGGUGGUUCAUGGGUUAACUCAAACUUUCUAGUUACUGAAAAUGGAGACAGAUUUGAUAUCAAAGUAAUAAAACCAAAUAAAAUAAUAAGUGCAAUCACAACCAUAAAACCACCACCAAUUGUUUACUUGAUAUAUAGUAACAAUCCAAAUUAUAUAUUCCCAUUGUCAACUCAAGAUAUACCACCAAGAUUAGAAAUGGUAGAUUGGGUAUUGGGUUCAAGUAGUUUAAUUUUCGAUGGUUCAUUCUUUACUUUUAAUCAAUCAAUUGUAAACAUUACUAUUGGUAAUUAUAAUUGUAUAGUUUCAAGUACAUCAUUUUAUCAAAUAUACUGUACAAUUUCUAGUGUGGUAGACCCAUCUUUGGAGGAUAUUUUAUCAUAUAUUACAAUUGGAGGUUUAACGACGCAAUUCACUUUAAAUCCAAGUGGAAUAAAUGUAAUUUUAAAUUGUUCUGAAAAUUAUAAUGAUUGUAAUGGUAAUGGUUACUGUUUAUCUGAUAUUGGUCAAUGUAAAUGUGAUUCAAACCAUCAAGGUGAUGAUUGCUCAAUCCCAUUUAAACAAUGUUUAAAUAAUUGUAAUAAUAUUGGUCAAUGUAAUAAUCAGACUGGUAUUUGUUCAUGCCCAAUCACUCCUUACGAAUGGAUUGGUAUUGAUUGUUCAAUUCCAUUACAUACAAUAUCAGCAGUUUCACCAAGUGAUACCAAUGGUGGUAGCGCUUCAAUUUAUGGUUGGUUUGGUAAUAAUCAUACUGAUCCACAAGUUUUCAUUGGUAAUAAACAAUGUAUACCAAUUUAUAAUAUAUCUGAAAGUGAAAUUAUUUGUAAAGCACCACCAGGUACAGGUUUAAAAUCAGUAAGUGUAAUUCAAAAUUCAAUCAACGUAACAUCAAAAGAUAUUUAUCAAUAUUAUUCAAAUGAUAAACAAUGUCCAAAUCAUUGUACAUCGACAUCAAAUGGUAUUUGUAAUACAACAACUGGAUAUUGUAAUUGUAUUGGAAGAUGGAGCGGUUAUGAUUGUAGUUUAUAUUCAAAUCCAAGUGGUGGUGGCGAUAAUAGUGGUGGAUUACCAGGAUCUAAUACAACAAUAGAUGGUAAUACUGGUAAUACAAAUAUUACAAAUCAACAAACAAAUUAUCAAAUUUUAAUUACAAAAUUAAUAGAGAUAGAUUUCAAUGGUAAUCAAAUCAAUGAGUAUCUAUUAUUAAAUAAAUGGUCAAUAAUUUCAAAUAUUAGUAAAACAGUUUACACAUUCAUUCAAUCAAUUCAAAAUGAUAAAUGUAAUAUCACAUAUACAAUUGAAGAAAUUAAUAAAGAUAGAGAUGUAUCAUUUGCAGGCAUUAAUUUUAAAUUAACAAGUGGAUCAGUUAAAAUGACAGUAUCAAUUGAAAAUUAUCAAUAUUCAAGUAAUUUAAAUACAUUACAAUUACAAAUGAAAUCAAGUGUAAAUGAAAUUCAAACAAAUAAUGAAAAUGAUUGUAAUGAUGAUCAAAUUGAAAUUAAUAGUACACCAAAUCAAGAUAAUUCAUUAAAUUAUAUAGCUAUUAAAAAAGAUGCAAAAGUUUUAAAUGGUAGAUUUAUAGACAGAAUCGAAAGUGAUGGUAUAUCAACAUUUAUGCAAACUGUGUUAGUAUCAAAAUCAAAUGAUUCAAUUACAGUUGGUAUGAAUUUACCUCAUUGUACAAAGAAAUGUUUAUUAGAUCCUGACUUCUCUGUAUUGAUUAGUCCUGAAUUCAUUGAUGAAUGUGAUGAUAAUAAUCGUGAGUCAUGGUUUUUACCAGUUGUGAUCGCUGUUCCAGUUGGAGGUCUAGCUGCAAUUAUUGCUAUUGUUUUCAUAAUUUACAAAAAAAGAUUUGUUGAAGCCCCAUUAAAAAGAAAACUUCAAAGAUUUUCUUCAAGCGCAAAUUAA